AACAUCUAUCCAUCUUUUACUGAUUAAAGUUUCUGAUAAGUAAGUUUUCAAAAAAAAAAAAUUUCUGAUAAGUACUUUUGUUGUUUCGAUCUGUCUCUGAUCUACAGGCUUGGAUACAGGCGGAGAAAAUAUAUAUGGAGGAAGGCGACACGAGCACAGAAAUGGAAAUGAAUGAAUGUCCACUGCUUAUAGCAUCUGAUGCUGAUGAUCAUAACGGUAAUACUACAACGAGGCAGAAUUAUCUGCUGAGAAUCAUUUUGUUUUUGCAGUCCACAGAAAUGUUCAUUGCCGGAGCAAGGCCGCCUAUGAGCCAAUCACCUUCCCUGUCUAGGGUCUCAUCUUCCCUCACCUCUUCAUAUAGCGUUCUUAGCUCCACUGAUGCUAAAGAUGGACUGGAUUUGGAAAUCGUAGUAGUUGAUGAUGAUGGUGGUGAUGGUGAAGGACCUGGCCCUGCAGUUUUUGGGCAUAAUAAUAGUUCAGCAUCACAAACUGACAAUAUUGGCAUUGAACUCCAACGCCAGAGGAGGAGUUUCAAAAGGAUUUUCAGAGAGAAGAAUCUGCAAUCUCUUAAUGACAGGCUUGGUGGAGUGGAGGGCGUUGCAGAUGCAUUCAACACUGACCUGGGAACCGGGAUUUCGGAUAACAGUGAAGAAAUUUCCCAGAGAAAGAUGGUCCAAGUCUCUCAAAAUUGGGCUCUGUCACAGAACUACCUCCAUUUCCUCAAAAAAUCAUGCAAGAGUUGGAGUAUUGCGCUGCUCUCUUUGGCUGGGGUGCUGUCCCUUGGCUUUGGCAUGAAAGAAGGCGGCUUGGAGAGCGGUUGGAUUGAGGGGGCAAUCGUGUUUGUGACCAUAUUUGUACUCCUCCUGUUUAGCUCAACACGAAACUGGUUCGAAGCAAGAAGAGCUAAGAAGAAGAAACCUCAGAAGGAUGUGAAGGUAGGUGUUGUUAGAGGAGGGAAGGAGGCUCCGGUUUCUGUCUCUGAUCUGGUUUGUGGCGAUUUAGUUUGUCUAAACGCCGGGUGCCUAAUUCCUGCAGAUGGCUUAUUCGUUUGUGGCGAAGGAUUCGAAAUAGAUGAUGGCACAUUAUGCAGUGUAUCCAAUGAGCAAAGCCCAUUCUUGUUUUAUGGAUCCAGAGUGGUUAAGGGUAGUGCCAAGAUGCUAGUGAUAUCGGAGGGCGUGGAUGAUACCGUGUUGGGGGAGAUGAUGAGGGAGGCAAUGAACUCCUCGUCGUCGUCUACUCAGAAAAAGACGAGCAUUGAGACUUCCAUUGACAAGUUGAGUGAGUGCAUAAACAUUGGAGGGAUUCUAAUCUCGAUUCUCAUAUGUGUGGUGGUGUUCUUGCGCUUCAUGACGGGGAAGAUAGAUGAUGACUCUGGUGCAAACAGACCUGAUUCUAAGGGAGCACCUACUGAACUGGAAAGGAUACUCCACUCCCUUAAGGUCAUUUUCGCAGUAUCAAAGGGAAAUGCAAGAGUUUUAACAACCUUACUAGGUGUCUUACUAGUGGGAAUCAUGGAAGGGAUACCUUUCGUUGUUGCAAUAGCAAUUGCGCGUUGGAACUCAACGACACUAUCGGAUAGGGCCUCAGCGAAAGACGUAUUGUGUUGUGUCAAGAUGGCAAAGGUUUCUACAAUUUGCACUGACCAGAAUGUUGGUUGGCUAGAGCAAGAAACACGAGACCGCCCAAUUGCUUCUCUCGUGGAAAGUGGGAUAAAGAUCAUACUUUUCUCCCAAAAUGAUGAUGUUGCAGAGCUUAAAAUGGUUAGCAGAGAGUGUGGGAUAUGUGAAACCGACGCUGAGGUACUUACCGGUGAUGAUUUGCAGAAAUGUACCACCGACGAAGAGAUGUUUGAGAGGUUGGAAAGUGUUAAGGUUGUGGGAAAAUGCGACUCGCCUCUCAAGCAACGUAUCGUGAGGUGUUUAAGAAGUAAAGGUGAAGUGGUAGCGGUGGUGGGAGAGCGAUCUUAUGACGCUCCCAUGAUGAAAGAAGCUGACAUUGGAUUGGCCAUAAAGACCGAGUUCUCAGAGAUAACGAUAGACAGUGCUAACCUUGUUAUUGUGAAGGGGAGCUUCAGUUUGUUGAUAGACAUGAUGAUUUGUGGGAGAAUCAUCAAUGAGAAUUUGCAGAAGUUUAUCCAAGUGGAAGUGAUCAUGACCAUAGCUAGCUCACUCAUAAACUUCAUAUCAGCAGUUUCCUCGGGCGACACCCCAUUAUCCUCAAUCCAACUAUUCUGGAUUUACUUUCUGAUCUCAAUCCCAGGAGGCCUAGCAUUGCUAUCUGGCAAACCAAACAAAAACCUCCAGGACACAAUUAGACCAACCGGGCCACUUAUAACCAAGGCAAUGUGGAUAAACAUACUACUCCAAUCCUCCUAUCAGAUUGCCAUUUUUGUGACCCUUCAGCUCAAAGGAACAGAUAUCCUUGGAACCAGCCAAGCGGCUAACGACUCCAUGAUCUUCAACGCCUUCGUCCUCUGCCAGCUGUUUAACAUAUUCAGUGCCCGGGAGCUGAAAGAGCUCAACAUUUUCAAGGGCAUCCAUCAAAACUCCUGGUUUUGGGUCGGAACAGGUGGGUUCGUUGUGGCUCACGUUUCGUUCGUUGCAGUAGAUCAGAGCAUUGCCAAUGAUGCAGGACUGAACUGGAAACAGUGGUUUGAGUGCUGCUUAAUUGGGGCCGGUACAUUGCUUCUGGAUUUGGUAGCAAAGCUCCACAUCACUGAAAUGGCAAGAAAUUGGACCCCAGAGCUCAUCGGAACGUGGCGUUCGACUCCAGAGUCCAUGUCUAAUCUCCAAAACCCACUGAUGACUACUGGAUCAACACCCGAAACAGUUCAAGGCAACACUCCAGGUUGAAUCUUUAGCUACCUAGCUAGCUAGUUCCAGUUUCAGGGCUUAAUCUUACUUGUCUAGAAUAACCUUAUGAUUCUCUGUUCUUGUAAUUUACUUCCAUGUAUAGUUCCUCCCACUUUGGUUUCAGCACUUGUAUGUCCAAGUUAGCAAUGCUAUGGCAUUCACAGUGAUACUAAUAGUCUAAUACUGGCUGUUUGGUAACAUAGUUAGUUUAUCAGCCAAUUUU